GCUUGUCCUCGGCUCCCCCCGACCAGCGCCUUUGCUCACCUUUCUUUAUAACUGCUUCUUUGGUGUCCUAGACCUCCACCUCUUGGAUAUUCGCAAACUGACACGUCUCCUCCAUUAAUUUUCCGUCUGUUGUCAACCCGAUACCCUUUUGCAGCUCUUUAACCCCAGCAAACAUGGCCUCUCCUCAGAAAAUCCGUACGACGCUUACUGAUCUGCUCAAGAUCAACCACCCUGUCCUGCUGGCAGGAAUGAACGUGGCCGCCGGUCCCAAGUUGGCCGCAGCGGUCACCAAUGCCGGUGGCCUGGGUGUUAUUGGAGGUGUCGGCUACACCCCCGACAUGCUCCGUGAGCAGAUCGCAGAGCUCAAGAGCUUCUUGACCGACAAAAACGCCCCCUUUGGUGUUGACCUGCUGCUUCCUCAGGUCGGAGGAAGUGCCCGCAAGACCAACUACGACUACACAAAGGGCAAGCUUGACGCGCUCGUCGACAUCAUCAUCGAAAGCGGUGCUAAGCUCUUUGUCUCCGCCGUCGGUAUCCCUCCCAAACAUGUUGUCGACAAGCUCCAUGCCGCAGGCAUCCUCUACAUGAACAUGAUCGGCCACCCCAAACACGUCCAGAAGUCCCUCGACGCCGGCGCGGAUAUCAUCUGUGCUCAAGGUGGCGAGGGUGGUGGUCACACUGGCAAUGUCCCCACGACGAUUCUCAUCCCUACGGUGGCUAAAUUGUGCCAGGGCAAGAAGAGUCCCCUGACCGGACUUCCCGUGCAAGUUGUCGCUGCAGGUGGUUUGUACAACGGCAAUUCGGUGGCCGCUGCCCUGAUGCUUGGUGCUUCCGCCGUGUGGAUCGGUACUCGCUUCAUCUUGGCUGAUGAGGCCGGCGCUCCUAAGGCUCACCAGGAGGCUGUCCGUACUGCUAGCUUCGAUGACACUAUUCGCACCAUCAUCUUCACGGGUCGCCCCCUCCGCGUCCGUAACAACGAAUACAUCAAGAACUGGGAGGAGAACCGCCAAGAUGAGAUCAAGCAGCUCACGUCCAAGGGUGUUAUCCCGGCCGAGUACGACAUGGAGAACCUGCCCGAUGAUGUUGACGAUGAGACCCUUGAGAACGCUCGUCCAUACCUGAUGGGCAAGGUUGCCGCCGUUGUCAACGAGAAGAAGCCCGCGAAGGCCAUUGUUGACGAGCUUGUGACUGACGCCGCCGCUCUGUUGCAACAGGGCAGCAAGAUGUUGGCCAAGUUGUAGAUAUUCCACUCAGAUACCAUUCACAUAAUCACAUGCCAUUUAAGAAACUAACGAAGCUUGUUGCUUAAUGAUGUUAUUUAUUCUUCGUUACCGCGAUUACCCUUCUUCUGUUGGAGACUAAUGGCGCUAUUUGGAAAUGUCCUCUUGUUCAUGUUAUCCCUUUAGGAUUAAUAGCUCUACACUUGCUUCUACUACCAGCAUAGCAACAUGAAUUGGUAC